GUGCAAGUUGGCAAGUAGUGUAAUCUGUCAGUCAAGAAUAGUUCUCAACAACCUUCAUCAAGUUCCAGUCUUAACGACCGAGCAACGACUGCGACAGUUCAGCUAAUUGACAGCCUUGCAUUGCUUCUCAUAGGCUUAUCUUCGCCAACUGGGCGAAAUGUCAGCUUUUGACUUAUUUAUAUGACUUGCCUUCUCAUUUCCCCUAGCCUUCCACUGCAAACUCACAUUCAUCACACACUCUCGUCGCUGGACAGCGUUCAUCCACCAAUUCAACGUUUGCGCCAUCUCAGCCUUCUGUCGUUUCCAUCAUGGCUUGAAGCUGCAGAUAAGGUGGAUUUGGAGUUCUGAACGGCUCAGUCAAUCAUUGAACAAAGGAAGGGAGUGAAAUAACUGAAGGCCAGAAGAAUGGCAGAAGGUUUGAUACUAGUUGUGCUUCAAAAAAUCGCAACCACCUUAGGAGGAGCUGCAUUGAGUGUAAUUAAGUCAAAAUUAGGGAAAGGAGCCAACAUUUUACUUGAAGCAGAGAACAGCAUGAAAGAAAUUGAGAGUGAGUUCGAAAUAAUGCAAGCAUACAUAAGUCAAGCAGACCCGUACAGUGAAAGUAACAAAAUUCUGAAACCAUGGUUGAAGAAUGUAAGAAAAAUAGCUUCUGAAGUCGAGGACAUCAUUGAUGAAUAUGCCUUUCUACUUGGAAAACUGGACAACGCAGGAUACUUGGCGAAGAAGUUCCACCAUUCGAGAUACAUCACUGCAUGGAGUGACAUUUCUUCUCAGUUGAAGCAAGUGCAAGCACGCCUACAAAAUUUGACAGUUCUGAAAGACAGAUAUGGCAUCACAGUAGUUGGACCUGGUGGUGGAUCAUCAAGCCAUAAUAACAGUCGUAAGAAUUACCUGUCUGAAUCUUCCUACCUGAAUGAUGAUGGUGAUGGUGUAAUGGUAGGCAACGAAGAUGAAGUAAAGAAGUUGACAGAAUGCAUAGAUGGUGCUGGUGCAGAUCGUGCAGUUAUCUCCAUCUGGGGAAUGGGCGGUUCAGGAAAAACAAUCCUUGCAAGGGGCAUCUAUAGAAAACGAGAAGUUAGAAAGAACUUCCAGUGCUGUGCCUGGAUAACAGUAUCACUGAAUUAUCAAGUCGAAGACCUUUUGAACAAGCUCAUAAAGGAACUCCACAUCCAAGAUGUGCCUGAUGCAACUGACAGUACACAUUUGGUUGCUAGGAUCCAGAAUCAUCUCAAGGACAAGAGGUACCUUGUUGUUUUGGAUGACAUGUGGAACAGGGAGUCUUGGUUAUUCUUUGAUCGAGUAUUUGUCAAGAAUCUUUAUGGAAGUAGAGUCAUCGUUACCACUCGAACAGAAGCUGUUGCGUCAAUAGCUGAGCUGAACCAUACUAUAAGAAUUGGCCUUCUUUCACAGGGGGAGUCAUGGAAGCUCUUCGGCAGAAAGGCAUUCUCAAAGAUAGGCAAGGAAGAACCGACCUGCCCUCAGGGCCUUGUUCAAUGGGCAAACAAAAUCCUCGAGAGAUGCCAAGGUCUGCCACUUGCUAUUGUAGCCAUAGGGAGCCUUCUGUCAUACAGAGAAAUGGAGGAACAAGAGUGGAGACUCUUCUACAAUCAACUUAAUUGGCAACUGACAAAUAACCCAGAACUCAACUUCGUAUCGAGCGUCCUAAAGCUAAGCUUGAAUGAUCUUCCAAGCCACUUGAGGAAUUGCUUCCUGUACUGUGGCUUGUUCCCCAAAGACUAUCAAAUACGUCGGAAGUGUCUAAUCAGACUGUGGGUAGCUGAAGGUUUUGUGGAAGACCGGGGAACAGAGAUUACACUGGAAGAAGUGGCCGAGGAGUACCUCAAGGAACUCACACGGCGUUCACUGUUUCAAGUGAUGGAAAGGAAUGAAUUUUCACGGCCAAGAAGAUUCCAGGUGCACGAUCUUGUUAGAGAGAUGACACUGGCCAUAUCAAGAAAUGAGAGGUUUGGUCAUGUAAGUGACCAGCCAGAUGUAACAGACAUUGGCGAUGUAGGAAAACGUGUAUCAGUGCACAGUGGGGGCCAAAUCUAUCAGCCAGGUCCGUCUUCGCAGCAUCUGCGUUCAUUUUUGUUGUUUGACAAACACGUGCCGCUUUCAUGGAUCAGCAUCGCUUCAUCGGACUUCAAACUGUUAAGAGUCCUGUGCCUCAGGUACUCCCUCCUUGAGGACAUUCCAGAUGCCAUGACUUGUUUGUUCAAUCUGCACCAUCUAGACUGCUCUCGUACUAAAGUAAGGAAGGUACCAAGAUCAGUGGCAAGGCUGAAGAAACUAGAGACAUUGCAUCUCAGGUUCGCCCGUGUGAGGGAGUUGCCGUCUGAAAUAACAAUGCUCACAAACCUCCGCCACUUGUCUGUGAGUGACGACUUGUAUGGCACAUCAAUUUGUGGUACUAUCCGCAGUCUCAAGCACCUGCAAACUCUUCGAGAGGUGAAAGUCAACAAAGAUUUGGCUAAAAGUCUUGGUUACCUGACACAACUAAGAAGCUUAGGAAUUACUGGAGUCAUACAAAGCCACAAUGCAGAUCUUUGGGCUUCUAUCAGGAAGAUGACUGUCCUUAACAAACUAGCCGUCGCAACUCCUGGCGAGAGUAACGAAGUGCUUAGUUUUGAAGAGCUGAGGCCGCUCAAGAACCUGGAGAAGUUCUACUUGACCGGCAAGUUGGCAGAAGGGAAGCUUUUUCCAGUAUCUAAUGGUUUUCAGAAACUUAAGGUCCUAACAAUGCGCUGGUCUAAGCUAACACACGACCCCCUAAGUUCCUUAUGUCAAAUGGAAAAUCUCGUCUACCUUAAUCUUUACUGUGCAUACGAUGGGGAAUGCUUGAUCUUCUCUUCUGGGUGGUUUCCAAAGCUCAAGCAACUCUACCUAGGCAAGCUUGAGAGACUGAGGUCAAUUCAAAUAAGUGAUGGCGCCAUUGAAAAUUUAACAUACCUGGAACUUCAUGAGCUGUGGAAUCUAAAAAGUGUCCCUGAAGGCCUUGUAUACCUUAGGUCUCUUCAGCACUUGUAUGCACGAAAGAUGCCUGCAGAUUUCGUGGAGGAACUGGAGGGAAGUUGCCAGGGCUUUGUUCGGCACAUUGCCAACAUUGAAUGUAUGUGACAACAAGCUCUCCUGUCCUUGUAAUGAUUAUAUAUCUUUAGUUUCUUUAGUGGUUCCUUGAUUUCCAGUGAAUUGUCAUGUAAGCGGGUUGUUAUAUUUUGGGCAUCUAUAUUUUUUGUUGUGUUAUGUGUGACAAAGAAAACUGUAUAGUAGCAUGCAUAUUUUGUUGAAUAAUUUUCUUGGUUGUGAUGAGAGGUAGUGACAACAUGUGGAGUCAUGCAUGAAUGAAAAACUAACACGUAAUGAGUGAGGAUAAGUGUAAUGCUUAUUUUUUAGGUGUAAUGGCCUAAUACUCCUAUUUGUUUU